AUGCUCGUUGCACAUUUCCAAUUGUGUUCUGGUCACGAACUAUCUCUGACUACUACGAACUCCCAGCAUAAACGUUCGGAUUGUGUAAUCUGGCGGCCACCAACUGUAAACCAACCAUGGACCCAGUUUGAUCACGUGUCCAUCAGCGACCGGUGGCCGGUCAACAAGAAGCACGCCAACCCAUCAUCUUCGGUGAACUACCAUAGCCCAGCCGUAUCGGUCCGUGCUAACCCAACAACUCUCGAAGAUGUUAGCCGCGUUCGAAAGCUGUCUGUCGUCAUCGUCAUCAAAGACAGCAACAUCAGUGUUGCCACUGGUGCUUCACUGACUGCUGCACUGCAUAAAGUAAUGAAUGACUCUAGUUCCAAAUUCUUGAGAGUGGCCCCUCAGGAAAAACCUACCUGGCCGGACCGAGACGCUUGUAGGUUUUGGUGGAUUUCUUCAAACCUUUCCAAAUCUCUAUGCGGAACAUCCGAAGACGAACCGGCUUCCACAGACGUGAUUAAACGGAGGACCAUCACUGGAGAACUUGAGCUUGAACCUUGGAACAUCAGAACCACACUGGAUAGAGUGGACAGUGAUAGUCAUGAACGGCAAAUAACACUAGUUGCCAAGAGACUGGAACGUUGGUGUGUGGACAUUGCGGCGUGGAACGUGACAAGACUGGUGAAGCAUGAAAAACUCGAAACUGAAGCCGGACAAAGCACAGUUGAUGGGACUCGUGUUUGCAUUUUGCAGUGUCCGAAAACGUUUUUGCAAGAAUAA